AUGGAAUCCGAAGUCCAGCAGCUGCCGCAAGGAGAGGCAGAGCAGCUUCAGCCAUCGACCAUGCGUGUCUCGCUUGAACAGGUCCUCUCCUACCUCAAGAAGAAGGACGACACAUCUCGCUUCCUUGGCCUGACACUUCUACGGCCUCUGGUCGACAAUGAAAGUUUCCGCAGCAAUCCGGAGGCGAUAUCAGAGUGCUGGACAGCACUCUCAACCAGCUAUCUCAGGCGCUUACUUCGAGCGGAACAGAACGAGCAGCGGAGCCAAGCAGAGUCUCGCCUCCUUGUAGACCUUGCUGUCGGCGUGCUGCACGCAUUUUCCCAAUUGCUUCCACAAGAAGCUCUGGAGAGUGACAAGAUGAUAUCCAUGUCCGAGGGCUUGAUUCACAGCCUCAUUGAGGCCAACCCUGACACAACGGAGAACGCUCUGCGGAUGCUUCUGGUCAUUUGCAGUACGAGAAAAGGGACAAGUGGCCUGCUCGCACUCGAGGACCUCUCCCCUCUGAUCGAGAUCUGCCCGCAACAGCCGCUAGCAUUACAUUGCUUAAAGCUCAUGCUCUUGCCAGAAGAGGAAGAAGCUGGAGCGGAAGGCUGGAGUAAGAAACACAGCAUCAUCACAAAGCUGCUGCUAGCGUACCAAGGGGCAGACGCCACGCCAGCACACGCAAUGCUUUCGGACGUCCUCAUGAGCGCCGAAUUCCCCGAGGCACCACCAUGGCUCACCCUCCUGAUAUCCUCCGUGCAGAAGACGUUCCAUCGGAGCCCCUCCGGAAAGGCCUACAAGCCUGCCGUGAUCCUCCUCGCAAACCUAACGCAGCACAUCCCAGACACCUCGACCAUCUGGACCGAGGCCCCAGCAUCUUCCGAAGACCCAUCGACGUCGACAUCGAACAGCAAGCCCUUCGCUUACCUGUUCAUCAAGGCAACCACGAUCGACAUUGAAGCCACCGUUCCCUCUCUCAUCGAGCUGCUGCGCGAACCUGCGUAUAAGGAGACUGCUGUUCGCCUGUCGGCCGCCUACACGGUCCUGCACGGAUUCUUCCGCUACCUUGUAGAUCUUCCGGAAGACCAAGAUUCCGGCAUGGAUCCCGAGCUACUUCUGAACCUCUACAAGGAGAUCGACAAAACCAUGUCCCUUACGAUCGAGUUUCUGCAGGACAGGUGGGACGCAGCGAAUGCAGAAGGGGCGAGUGUGGGAAGGGCGAAUGCGGAACGGGAGUCGUCGCCACCAGCACGACGGCGUUCAUCCCUGGAGUUCAGUGAAGCAUCCAGAGAGGAAGUCCUUUCCAUCAAGCGACGUGUUACUAGUGAUCCCAUAUUUACUGCUGCUGCUUCUGCGCUUGCUUUUUGGCUUUCUGAGAACGACAACGAGAAGUUGAGAGACGAGGCGGAGGAGAUCAUGGAGAUUCUAGGAUCACUGCAUGGCGCGGAAGAUUCUUAA